ACCUCUGCCAGUCAGAGGGUUGAGAGCCUGCCUUCCAAAGGGAGGUACCUGUUCCAUUUUGGUGAGAUCCCAGAGGGCAAGGUGCGUGGCAGAAUGAAUGUAAGACCGAAGACCUCAGCUGGAAUCAUCUGGGCUCCUUUUUCAAAAGGACAGGCACGGGAAGGAGUGGAAGAAGGGCCGGCAGUGGUGAAGGAAGCUGGCCUGAUUGAUAAACUAACAGCCCAAGGGUGUGAUGUUAAAGAUUAUGGAGCCUUGCAGUUUGAUGACAUUCCCAAUGACAGACCAUGUCAUAAUGCAAAAAAUCCUAGAAGUGUUGGGAGCGCAAACGAGAAGCUAGCCAGCGUUGUGGCAGAAGCGAAGAAGAGUGGAAGAACCUGUUUGGUAGUUGGCGGUGAUCACAGCUUGGCCGUUGGAAGCAUAUCUGGCCAUGCAAAGAUUCACCCGGAUCUUGGUGUAGUUUGGUUUGAUGCCCAUGCUGAUAUUAACACUCCAUUGACAUCAUCAUCUGGGAACAUGCAUGGGCAGCCAGUGGCUUUCCUUCUAAAGGAAUUGAAGGACAAGAUGCCUGAUGUUCCAGGAUUCUCGUGGAUAACCCCGUGCCUGUCUGCUGAAGACAUUGUGUAUAUUGGACUAAGAGAUGUGGACACUGCUGAACACGGUAUUCUGAAAUCUCUGGGUAUUAAAUACUAUUCGAUGACUGAAAUAGAUCAACUUGGGAUUGGGAAGGUGAUGGAAGAAACACUUAGUUAUUUGCUGGCCAAUAAGAAGAGACCAAUUCACUUAAGUUUUGAUGUUGAUGGCUUGGAUCCCUCUCUGGCAUCAGCUACAGGGACCCCAGUUCCUGGAGGAGUGACUUUGAGGGAGGGUAUCUAUAUAGCAGAAGAACUUUAUAGAACAGGUAAAAUAAACAAAGUAUUGCUGAAGAGUGGAGCUCAUGAAAAUUAAAACUGGAGGGGACAGAGUAGCGACUUAAAUAGCAGGUUUUGCAGACCUAGAUGUUCUGGAACCAAAGGUUCAAAUCUCCUCAACAUCUCCUCAUUCUUCCUUCAGAGAGAUAAACUACCAUAUAGCUUACUCUCUGUGCAGGGCUUUUGGGAAAGACCUUUAACUGAGGUCCUGUCUGCUCUCAUAGCACAUUUUGCAUGAAUAGGGAUUUACUGAUGUCCAGAGGCUAAAUUUCCCAUGCUGUACCUACUGGGUAGCACUCUGGUCUCUGCGUAGCUACCACCACAGCUACCUGUGUUUUAGUAGCAUUUAGUUUGUGAAGUGCUUUGUCAAUUCAUUGGAACGCAGGCGUUCGAUAAAAU